AUGCGGCAGAAAGCUGGACGCAUAAAAAAACGCGACGACGCCCGGAUGUUUGACAUCCUGGGCGUAGCUUUGUACGAAGAAGCAGUGUGCCACCUUCCUGACGGCAAAGUGCGAGUCAAGCAGCAUUGUGCCUUUUUGCCUGCAAGUAGGUAA